UUUCAGACAGCCCCCUUUACUACUAAUUUCAAUAAAAAUUUAAUUCAGUUUAGUGUGAUACCUUCAACUGAUAACAAGAAAUUAAAUUUUCCCAUCAUAGUUUAUAGCCGCACCACUGACAGAUUUAUAAUGGAUUUACAAUUAUGGCUACUGAUAUGUGUAACAAAUCUACUAAUUGGUAUCACUGUUACAUCAAACAUAGACAAUAAAAUUACCGAUACAGAAUCAGUUUCUCCACAACCGGUUACACCACCACCGCUUAUACCAUGCACAUGUGCUGUAUUUUUAUCCGGACAAUUUACAAAAGGAUCACCAGAACAACCAAGAGGGUAUCCAGCGUUGGUGCAUGAACAAGAAAUGACAUUUGCAUGUACCAAUUUAGGAAAUAAACAAUGCACGAAUAAAUGUUUAGAUAUUAUUGUAAAACAUUUACCAAAUAGUGCAAACAUUUUAUGUGGUGCAAUUGAUCGUGAUUGUCAUAAGGAACGAGCAUAUUUAUUCAUAAAGAAUUGUAAUGAUACAUGGGUCAACACAAAUUUAUCCGCUGGACGAGAAUACUGUUGUAAAGAUGGUUUACCAUACAAAUGUCCAUUGUAUUCAUAG